GCGCGCGCCAGUCUCUAUCAGUGAGACUGUUCUGCGUCAAGGUCGCCGUACACAAACACGUGUGAUGGCGGAUUCUAUUUACACACAUGACUUUCUCCUAGAUCCUGGUGUGGAGAUAAAACUGGAGUCUCCUCUCGAACUCAGCUCUAUGUCAGCCUCUGUACCCAUUCCACAGCGCCGUGCUGACUUCGACGACUUUGGCAAUGACCUAGACUUAUGCCUCCAGGACAAUCUAGCUGGCUCUUUUCAUAAUGUACCCAAUAUGCAGUACAACAAACUCACCUAUGAAGCCGACAAUAGUUCAAAAAUGGACACCUUCAGAAUGGAUGAUGAUGACAUAUUCCAAGUAGACAAAGCCGAUUUAAUAUUAGGCCCAACACUGGCCGAGUUGAAUGCCAAUCCUGACACAUUGUUAGAUGAUUUGAAUUUUGAUGAUUUACUUUUGCCAGAGGAGAGUGGCUAUUGUGUACAGAUUGGUGGGGCUAUGAGUGGGACACGCAGAACUCCAAUGCAGACUUCAAAUACUCUGGCACCAGAGAGUCCUUGUAGCCCAUAUAGUCGGACACAGCAUACCUUUUCUCCCUCGAGUCAGCACAGUUCAGCUUCUUCUAGUUUUGCUCAACCUAUGAACCAGUUACCAGAAUUGUUAAUGCGUAUGGAUAGCUACAGUGGAGAGAUAGCCCUUGGGCAGUCAGUUCCAGCGUCCACAGUCUUGCCACCUUUCCUGACUAGUAUGAAGCCUCAGCACACACAGCUAUCCUCAUCAGCGCCUACACAUCUCACCAUGGAACAGAUCUGGCAGCGUCGCGAACCAAGGAAGCACCUUUUGUCCACCAGUUCAUUGGCGGAAGCCGGGUCAGUGUCAUCUCUCUCAGGAGGUCUCCUAAGUCCUACAGGAGACUACUCACAGGAUGAAGAUGAAAAGGAAGCAGAGACCGAUGAGGAUAGUGACAGAUAUGAAGAUCUUUCGUCUGAUGAAUCGAACGAUGAGUCGGAGAGUAAACAGGCGCGACACAUUGCAAAGAAGGAAAGAUAUUUCUGGCAGUACAAUGUUCAGGCAAAAGGCCCCAAAGGACAAAGGCUGGUAUUGAAAAAGAACUCUGAGGACCCUCACAUCUUGAACUCGGUUACUGAUCCAGUUUUCAGCCCUAGUUGCAGCGUUAGAGGCAUUAAACAUAGUGGGAAAGCAAGAAAAGGCGAUGGAAACGAUUUGACACCGAACGCGCGAAAGUUAUAUCUAAUCGGCAAAGAAUUGGAUAAUUUGAGUAAAAUUAUAAACGACAUGAUACCAGUAAGCGAGUUGCCGUUCAACGUACGACCAAAGACGCGCAAGGAGAAAAAUAAGCUAGCUUCUAGAGCUUGCAGAUUAAAGAAGAAAGCGCAACAUGAAGCAAACAAACUAAAAUUAUAUGGCUUACAACAGGAGCACAAACGUCUUCUCAACGGUAUAAAACAAAUGAAACAGAUUUUAAGCACCAGAGUGACCAACCCCCAGAACAAUACUGACUGGUCUUCAAAACUUACGGAAAUAGUGAAUACAUCCACAGAAGUAAAAAUAGCUGGAAAAACAUCUGAGUACGUCAAUAAGGUUCUGGAUAAAGUCAAGGCGGGUCAGAACGACGGCGGACUUACCGAUAUGAUGUAAACGUAAUCAAAUACACAUUUACAGAAUAUGAAUAAUAAAACGAAAGGCUGUUCUAUGUACCUCCAAAGUUAUUUAGAGAAGAGAGU